AUGGCACCAAACAAUGAUUCCUACCUGAUAAUCGGUGCUGGAGUAUUCGGCGUUUCAACUGCUCUCCAUUUGAUCAAAAAGUAUCCCAAUGCCUCAGUCACCCUAGUUGACCGAGAUGCAUUCGACGCUGACAGCCGCGUCGCUGCAUCGUGGGACUGGAACAAAGUGGUUCGAGCCGACUACGAUGAUAUCGUAUACUGCCAGCUGGCACUUGAGGCGCAAGAUGUCUUCAACUCGGACCCUCUAUGGAAGCCUCACUUCCACGAGACGGGCAUCUUCUGGAUGGCGCGAGAUGACUAUGCCGACGAAGUCAUUCGCAACUACCAGACGCUAGGCAGAAAGGCGGACUUGUCCAGCGUGUCCGUCAGCGAGGCCCGCAAGAUGCAUGGCGGCGUCUUCCAAAAUGCCGACUACAGCGGUGUCAAGAAUGUGCUCGUGAACAAGACGAGCGGCUGGGUUGCAGCAGGCGACUGUUUGCGCAGCGUGACGCGAGCUGCCAUUGGCCUUGGUGUCAAGUACGUCGUCGCCGAGAUCGCGACCGUGACACUCGGACAGGAUGGAGAGUGCACUGGUGUCAUUACGAAAUCGGGUGAAAGUCUCAGUGCAUCUCACACCAUAAUUUGCACUGGCGCGUACACGCCGAAGCUUCUUGAGUUUUCGGCGACCGAGACGGGCGUGUCCGAGCUCAGAUCUGGCCAUCGUAUUGUUGCAGGCGGCAUUACAACGGGCAUGACCACGCUCAAUGAUAGCGACUUUGCAAAGCACGAAAAGAUGCCAGUUGGGGUGCAAUGGUAUUCCACACAUGCGCCCUUCAUUGGCAGCCUUCCUCCAACUCCCGACCGCGAGCUGAAGUGGUGGGGCCAAACCAUCUUCAGAAACACCACAGAGGUUGCGCCAGGACGGCUCAUCUCGAUGCCACCUCCACAGGAGGAUUAUAACCAGUGGAUUGUUUCUGAGAAGCUGAAGCAUGACAUUCGACAUGCCAGUCACGUCUUCUAUGGUGAGCCCAGUAAAGGCUGGAAGCUGGACAAGUAUCGCAUCUGCUGGGAUGCGUUCACUACGAGCUCCGAUUUCAUCAUCUCCCCUCAUGCGGCUGCCAAGGGGCUUUAUCUCGCCACUUGCGGGUCAUUCCACGGCUAUAAGUUCUUCCCCGUUCUGGGCAAGUAUGUUGUGCAGAUGCUCGAAGGCGAUUUGUCUUCUGAGCUGCAAGCCAAGUGGGCAUGGGAUCGCCAACGUCCUGAUCCCGCGAGGAACCCUGACUGGCCGCGCGUGGAGAUGAAGAGUUACUUGGAUAACAACAUUGUUGCAAAGUUGUGA